AUCGAAUCAAUCUUACUUUAUGGGUGCGAGAGCUGGGCUCUGUCAAAAGCAAGAGAAAAGUCGUUGGAUGGAACAUACACUAGGAUGCUGCGAAAAGCUUUAAACAUCCACUGGAGCAGCCACAUACCAAACCAACAACAGUACGGAGAUCUACCAGAAGUCAGCAACAAAAUCGCCUCUCGUAGGCUACAACUUGUGGGACACUGUUAUCGCCAUCCAGAGCUAAGUACCCAGAAAUUAGUCCUAUGGGAGCCCACACAUGGCCAUCGCGGGAGAGAAAGACCGAAUACUACCUAUAUUGACACUCUUAAGAGGGAUACUGGUGCAUUUGAAGCA